GCGGCCGCGCGCAGCCGGGCCCGCGGUCCCUUUAACGCGCGGCCCGAGGGGGCGGCGGCGGCGGCGGCGGGGCGCACGGACGCGGCGGGCCGCGCGCCCUCCCUGCCUGCGUCCCGGGCCGGGGGCGCAUGGGCGGCCUCGGGCGGCGGGGCAGCAGCCGGGGCGCGCGCGGGGCCGGGGCCGAGGCCGGCGGGGCGGGCGGGGCCCGGGCGGCUGGGCGGGGGCGCGGGGGCCUGGUCGCGGCCGGGCCGGGCCGGGCGGCGGCGCGCGGGCCGGGCGCGGGCGGGCGGGCGGGCGGCGGGGAGGCGCCCGUGUCCGAGGCCCGGGCCGGGCCUGAGCGCCGCGCCAUGGCGGAGACCAAGAUCAUCUAUCACAUGGACGAGGAGGAGACGCCGUACCUGGUCAAGCUGCCCGUGGCGCCCGAGCGCGUCACGCUGGCCGACUUCAAGAACGUGCUCAGCAACCGGCCGGUGCACGCCUACAAAUUCUUCUUCAAGUCCAUGGACCAGGACUUCGGGGUGGUGAAGGAGGAGAUCUCUGACGAUAAUGCCAAGCUGCCCUGCUUCAACGGCCGCGUGGUCUCCUGGCUGGUCCUGGCCGAGGGUGCACACUUGGACACAGGGUCUCAGGGCACUGACGGCCAUGCGGACCUGCCCCCACCUCUUGAGCGGACGGGUGGCAUCGGGGACUCCCGGCCCCCCUCCUUCCACCCGAACGUGGCCAGCAGCCGCGAUGGGAUGGACAACGAGACUGGCACAGAGUCCAUGGUCAGCCACCGACGGGAGCGAGCUCGCCGCCGGAACCGUGAGGAGGCUGCCCGGACCAACGGGCACCCGAGGGGGGACCGGCGGCGGGACCUGGGGCUGCCCCCGGACAGCGCGUCCACCGUGCUGAGCAGCGAGCUCGAGUCCAGCAGCUUCAUCGACUCGGACGAGGACGACAAUACCAGCCGGCUGAGCAGCUCCACCGAGCAGAGCACCUCGUCCCGGCUCAUCCGGAAGCACAAGCGGCGCCGGCGGAAGCAGCGCAUGCGCCAGACGGACCGCGCCUCCUCCUUCAGCAGCAUCACGGACUCCACCAUGUCGCUGAACAUCAUCACCGUCACGCUCAACAUGGAGAGGCACCACUUCCUGGGCAUCAGCAUCGUGGGCCAGAGCAACGACCGGGGCGACGGAGGCAUCUACAUCGGCUCCAUCAUGAAGGGCGGGGCUGUGGCCGCCGACGGCCGCAUCGAGCCGGGCGACAUGCUGCUGCAGGUGAAUGACGUCAACUUCGAGAACAUGAGCAACGACGACGCCGUGCGGGUGCUGCGGGAGAUCGUGUCCCAGACGGGGCCCAUCAGCCUCACGGUGGCCAAGUGCUGGGACCCGAGCCCUCGGAGCUACUUCACCAUCCCGAGGGCUGACCCGGUUCGGCCCAUCGACCCAGCCGCCUGGCUGUCCCACACGGCGGCGCUAACCGGAGCCCUGCCCCGCUACGGUACGAGCCCCUGCUCCAGCGCCGUCACGCGCACCAGCUCCUCCUCACUAACCAGCUCUGUGCCCGGCGCUCCGCAGCUGGAGGAGGCGCCCCUGACGGUGAAGAGUGACAUGGGCGCUGUCGUCCGGGUCAUGCAGCUGCCGGACUCGGGCCUGGAGAUCCGCGACCGCAUGUGGCUCAAGAUCACCAUCGCCAAUGCCGUCAUCGGGGCGGAUGUGGUGGACUGGCUGUACACGCACCUGGAGGGCUUCCGCGAGCGGCGGGAGGCACGCAGGUACGCCAGCAGCAUGCUGAAGCGCGGCUUCCUGCGGCACACGGUCAACAAGGUCACCUUCUCCGAGCAGUGCUACUACGUCUUCGGGGACCUGUGCAGCAAUCUCGCAGCCCUGAACCUCAACAGCGGCUCCAGUGGAGCCUCCGAUCAGGACACGCUGGCCCCGUUGCCCCACCCAGCCGCCCCCUGGCCCCUGGGCCAGGGCUACCCCUACCAGUACCCGGGGCCCCCGCCCUGCUUCCCACCCGCAUACCAGGACCCUGGCUUCAGCUACGGCAGCGGCAGCGCUGGGAGCCAGCAGAGUGAAGGAAGCAAAAGCAGUGGGUCCACCCGGAGUGCUGGCGGGAGCAGCCGUCGGGCCCUGGGUCGAGAGAAGGAGAGCCGGUCGGCUGGAGCUGGGGGCAGUGGCAGCGAGUCAGACCACACAGCGCCAAGCGGGGCCGGUGGCAGUGGCUGGCGGGAGCGUCCAGCUAGCCAGCUCAGCCGUGGCAGCAGCCCGCGCAGCCAGGCCUCGGCCGCCGCCCCUGGGCUCCCCCCGCUGCACCCCUUGACAAAGGCCUACUCGGUGGUGGGUGGGCCGCCCGGGGGGCCGCCUGUCCGGGAGCUGGCCGCAGUCCCCCCAGAGCUGACGGGCAGCCGCCAGUCUUUCCAGAAGGCCAUGGGGAACCCCUGUGAGUUCUUUGUUGAUAUCAUGUGACCGAGGAGAAUGCCCGCGGCUGCUCCUGCUGUCCCUGCAGGCGGGCACUGUGCCUGGAGCUGGUGCGCUUGCCUCGGCGGCCCAGCCUGUGCUUAGUGCCGUGGCGUCUGGGCCCAGACAGAAUGGCGGUAGGCGGCAGGCGGGGGCCGAGGAGAGGCCGUCGGCUGCGGGUCAGAGCAGACUCCAGUGGGGGGGCCUCCCACUCCCGGUGCUGGGGCAGGUCUGACCUGCACCCCCGGGUGUGUGCCUCAGGGACCCUCCCUCACCCGCAGAGCUGUGCUCAGGGCCUCAGACUGAGCUUAGAGGUGGCCUGGGUCCCUCCUCCACCUGGUUCACAGGCCCCACCCAUCUUGCCCAGGCCGGGGGCCCUCUCGCGAGUGGGAUCAGAGCCCCGAGGGCCCUCUGUAGCUGCCCAGGGGGGGUGUCUAAUUUAUUUAUUUAUUACCUGGCCUGUGUGCCCCGGGGGCGGUGGCAAGUCAGCUGGCCCCACCCCCAGCCACCGGAGCAGAGUUUGAGGUCUCCCCACGCCUGCAGGGGCACAGGUCGAGUCUGCGAGGGGGUGGGAGGGUUGUGAGGGGGAGUCAGAGGUGCCUGGGGGGCAUAGUCCCCCUGGCAGGAGGGGAUGCUGACCCCCAGGGACGAGGGCACAGAUGCACAUAGCUGCUGCAGGUCGGGGCAAGGGCCUUGGCCAGCUCGCCCUUUCUCGCUGUCCUCUGGUGGCCGCCACCCCCCACCGCACACGCUACUUCCGUCCCAGCGUCUCUGACCCGCACACGUCUGCGCUGUAGAUACCGUAUCGAGUCGGCGCGUCCGUCCAGAUAGUCAAUAGAGCUGCUUCUGUGUAAAUGCUAUUUUAAACACUAAAAAGCAUUUAAUUUUAUGGGA